CGCGGCGCUUCCGCCACAACCGCGCAUGAGCGCGUCGUGCCGAGGAGCACGUAUCCGGAACCCGACAAUGCACAGUUUCCCUCUAUAAAGAGGCCCAGAUAACCAUCGCGUCCCAAUCCCACCGCCAUCCACCCACACAUCCAGCACACCGCUCAGUCUCUCACCGAGACCGCCAUGGCUCCCACUGAAUUCUCGCUGCGCCUCCAGCACGGCAUCACCGGAGGCUUCGCGCCUCCCACCCCCAGCGCGAUCUACACCAUCACCGGGACACCCUCCCAGCCCGCCUGGAACAUCACCGCCGCCGUGCGCCCCGACGGCACGCCCUCCCUGUCCGACGAGGAGCGCAAGACGCUCUCCGCGACCGACGCGGGGGCGACCACGCUCGUCGGCGAGCUGCACGGGAUCCUCAAGUCGAUCCCGACGGAGCAGCCGCCCGGGAGCGAGGACAUCUACGGGCUGGACACGAGCAUCGCGUUCGGGAGCGACGACCUCAUGUGGAUGAACGGCGGGCCUGCGGGGUGCGGGACGGGCAGGAGCACGGUGCAGGCGACGGAGGAGGACAAGGCGAAGUUCAAGCGGGCGGUGAAGAUCGUGCAGGAGCUCCUUGAGAAGGCGGCGUGAGGCCCCUGAGUGGCGAGGAAUGAAUCUACACUCCCAGCACAUCGAGCACACAGACUGAGGCGCGAGUAGUGUCCGUGUCUAAUCUUCCGCGCCUUGCUUCUCUGGCUGGACAGCAGAGGCGACUGCGCUGCCACCGACAACCGCACCUCCUUCUUUCACCAAGCUCUCCCUGGCUUCCGCCAGCGUCUUCUCUCGCUCGGCGAGCACGGACUUGUGAGAAGCGACAGCAGAAUGGAGAGAGGCAUACAGGGACAGCUUUUCUCUUUGCAGAAAUAUCAGCUAUAGCACUCGAGCAGACAAAUCCGAGACAGCGGCCUAGAAACG